AUGACGAAGAAGACAGAGAGGAAAGCAAUAGGUACAUCCGGAAAGCCGAAGCACUCUCUUGACGUGAACCGUACAGAUGGGAAGAACAAAGAACAACGUAGCGCGGCCACCGUGCGGCGUCUCAAAAUGUACAAGGCGAGGCCCAAGAGUGACCGCAUGGGAAACAUCAUCAGCAACGAAUUCCAAUCCAAAGAGUUGCCUAACACUCGAAUCCAACCCGAUCGCCGCUGGUUCGGGAUUACUAGGGUUAUUCACCAGAAGGAGCUUGAUGUGAUCGGUGAUGAGCUCCAGACUCACAAGUCCAAUAGAUACACUGUUAUUUUGAAGGCCCCGAAAUUGCCCAUGUCCCUUGUUUGUGCCCCUCACAAUGUACGAAUCUAUCAUCUGCUUGAGAGAGAGUCAUUUUCCGAUGUAUUUGGUCCUAAGACAAAGAGGAAGCGUCCAAAACUCUUUGCAGCUAAUUACCAGACCCUAGCUAUAAAGGCCGAUGGAAAUCAGGAUGUGUUUGAGCAGAAGCAGGAAGACAUCGCUGCAGAGGGAGGCGAAGCUGAUGGGUUCAGGGACCUGGUUCGCCAUACAAUGUUUGAGAAGGGACAAAGUAAACGUAUUUGGGGUGAGCUUUACAAAGUGAUAGACUCAUCAGAUGUUGUUGUCCAGGUAAUUGAUGAGGAUCCGCAAGGUACAAGGUGUUACCACUUAUAGAAGCAUUUGAAAGAGCACUGCAAGCAUAAACACAUGAUUCUCUUGUUGAACAAGUGCGAUUUGGUUCCUGCUUGGGCAACGAAAGGUUGGCUAAAGGUAUUGUCAGCGGAGUAUCCAACUCUUAAAUUUCAUGCUAGCAUCAACAAGUCAUUUGGCAAGGGCUCUCUUCUAUCAGUGUUGAGGCAAUUUUCCCGAUUAAAACGUCACAAGCAAGCAAUCUCUGUGGGAUUCGUUGGAUAUCCUAAUGCUGGAUUAAAGUCAUCUGUUAUCAACACAUUGAGAACAAAAGAUGUUUGCAAGGUGGCACCUAUUCCUGGGGAAACUAAAGUGUGGCAAUAUGUAACACUCACAAAGAGGAUCUUCUUGAUCGACUGCCCCGGAGUUGUCUAUCAAACCAAUGACUCUGAGACUGAUAUUGUACUGAAGGACGUGGUGCGUGUCACAAACUUGCAGGAUGCUUCGGAACACAUAGCAGAAGUUUUGAAACGAGUUAAGAAACAGCACUUGCAAAGAGCAUAUGAGAUAAAGGACUGGGAGGAUGAUAAUGACUUUCUAGUUCAGCUAUGCAAAUCAUCCGGAAAGCUUUUGAAGGGUGGCGAACCUGACUUGAUGACAGCAGCAAAGAUGGUCCUCCAUGAUUGGCAGAGGGGUAAAAUACCAUUUUUUGUGCCUCCUCCACAAAGAGAAAACGAGACACUAAUGAGUAAUAAUCAAGCGUCAGGCCUAUCCGCCCAUCCGAUUGAUUAA